CAUCGUCACGCGUCCAGCGGGGUUCUUUUUCUUACAUAAGUGGAAAAAGGAGGUGGUAAGAGAGCGGUCUGAGGGAGCGAGAGACCAGAAAGAUUCCGAGAAAGGGCGAACGUGGUGGGUGGUGAGAGCGACCUCGCCGCGCCGCGCCGUUAAUAUUCGCACCUACGCAUACAGACGCAGCGCAGCCGAAGCGGAGACAGCGGAGUGCUCUCGGGGCGAGGGACCUUGCGCGAGCCACCCCGAGGAGUUACUCGAACACCUUGGUGACGCAUCAGAUACCAGCGGGCGAGCGAGUUAGGUGAUUCUCGCGAGGGCGACGAUACCUCACUCGCGAGAAGGAAUCGAGGAUUCCUCAGGGAGAAAAAAAGUCCUCCCAGCGCAAGAAGUGAAAGAGACGGAGAGAGGAAGAGGGAAUUCGAACAGAUCACAGUCGUCGUACAGAAACAGAGCAAAAAAGAAGAAGCGCCUGUCUGCAACUAGUAAAGUUACGCAUUCGCGAGGCAAGAAUGGUACGAAGAUUCUGCAACGGUGCGGUUGCACUUGGCAUCGCCCUGACGGCCUGCGCCGCCUUUCCGCGCGCUGUCAUGGCGAUCGACCUCAGCCGCUUCUACGGUCAUUUCAACACGAAACGUUCGGAGGCUUGCCAUCCAUAUGAACCGUUUAAGUGUCCGGGCGACGGUAUUUGCAUCUCGAUACAGUAUCUCUGCGACGGAGCACCGGACUGUCAGGACGGAUACGACGAGGACUCAAGAUUGUGUACCGCAGCCAAACGACCGCCCGUAGAGGAAACUGCGAGUUUUCUGCAGUCUCUGCUAGCCAGCCACGGUCCCAAUUACUUGGAGAAGUUGUUCGGAACCAAAGCACGCGAUACGUUGAAACCUCUCGGUGGUGUGGAAAAAGUGGCCAUCGCGCUGUCCGAAUCGCAGACGAUCGAGGACUUCGGCGCAGCGCUGCACCUGAUGCGCUCGGAUCUCGAGCACCUGCGCUCAGUUUUCAUGGCGGUGGAGAACGGCGAUCUGGGGAUGCUGAAGUCUAUCGGUAUCAAGGACUCCGAGCUGGGCGACGUCAAGUUCUUCCUCGAGAAACUCGUUAAGACGGGCUUCCUCGAUUGAACGAUCACACUCGUCGCCGAACCGUCACCGUCGUCGCCGUCGUCGUCGUCGUCGACGAGGAACUGUCGUCGUCG